GGGCGUUGAGAUAUCCGAUCCGAAAUUAGUAAAUAAAAUAAUAAUAUAGUUAAGCGUUGAAGGAAAUGAAGGCUCUCUCUCAUUUUCCCCACUGUUAGUUUAUUAGACGAUUGUCCUCCUUCCAUUCAUUCCAUCGGAAUCGGAAACCCUAUUUUCUGUGUUCGAAACCCUAACCUAUCUCUCCCUCUUUGGUGGUGGGCCUCCUCAUCAGCAUCGGCUAAACUAUGCAGCAGCGACUCCAAUGCGGGGGUUGCGGUGGGGAGAACCGGUGGCUACUUCACAACGUCCGUCACAGAGCAGCAUACCGUCGCCUCUGCACCAAUUGCAUCCUAAAGACACACCAAGGCCUUUUCUGCCCCUUCUGCUUCCAUGUCUACGACCACGACUCUCUUCUUGUUCCUGCUCCUGAGGAGCGCGUCAUGUGCCUCAAAUGCCCUUCCAUCUCUCACCUCUCCUGCCUUCCUCCAUUUCAUAACACCUCUCCCUUUCUCUGCCCUCCUUGCUCCUCCCCUAAUUUUUCCUUCUUCAAUCUCCCCCACGACGAUGACGUUUCCAUUGAUAUCGACUCCGCUAGAGCCCUCGUUGCUGCUGCCAAAAUUGCUGCUGUCUCCAUGGCCAAAGCUGCUGCUUUGGCUAGGCUUGAAGCCGAGAGGAGAGUGAAGGAGGCUACUUUGGCUAAGAAGAGAGCUCGAGAAGCUCUGGAAAGACUCGCCUUCUUGUCUGCUCAAGACAAACUCAAACACUCUGCUCAUAAACUCAGUAAGCGGAUGGAGUGCUCCUUUUAGAUCAAUCAACAAAUCAGUCCCAAACCCAACAAGCCUGCCUUCCUUCGGGGUUUGGUUGUAAUUGCUAAUCCGUUUUCUGUUAAUUUUCUUUGAAGAAAGCUUGGCCCAAUCGGUUGCAUAGUGUUCUUGUAAAACAAGUUGUUUUUCUUUUUGUCUUUAGAAUUAGGAUUUAAAUAUUCAUUCUCUACUCAAUCUGGCCGUCUCUUUCUCAACCCCUUUCUCUUUUCUGAAUUUCUAUUUCAUCAUUCAUUGCUAAUA